AUGGAUGAUAUGUGGAAUAUCGAGUCUUGGAAUGAGACACAACAUUUCUUUCCCAAUAACGAGAGUGGUAGUCGCAUAAUGGUGACGACUAGGCUAUCACAAUUGAGUUCUCAGUUAAACAAUCAUUUUAGCCAUCAAAUGGAGUUUCUUGAUGAGAUGAGUAGUUGGGUGCUAUUCUCCAAAACUGUGUUCGGAGAGGAGCGUUUUCCUCCAGAAUUGGAGGAAAUUGGAAAGGAAAUUACCAACAAUUGCAGAGGACUUCCUCUAUCAAUUGUUGUAGUGGGUGGUAUUUUGGCAAAUAAGGAACACACACAAGAAUGUUGGGAAUCAAUAAGGAACAACUUAACUUCAAUAGUAAAUUUAGACAAUAAUAGGCAUUGCUUAAGAUUGUUGAAAAUGAGCUAUAAUCGUUUACCAGUCUACUUGAAGCCUUGUUUCUUAUACAUGGGCGUGUUUGAGGAUGGCGAUGCAAUUAGAGUCUCAAAUCUCGUCAAUCUAUGGGUUUGUGAAGGAUUUCUUAAACCAAUAGAUGGCAAAAGUUUGGAAACAAUUGGGAAAGGGUUCUUAAAGGACUUGGUCGAUAGAAAUCUAGUUCUAGUUGAUAUGUGGGGGUCUACUGGAAAUAUAAAACAAGUCAAAGUUCAUGAUUUGCUAAGAGACGUGUGCGUGAAUCAGGGCAAGAAAGAAGGGUUCUAUCAUGUGAUAGGAGAAUCUAGUCCUCGAGGUAUAAACAGCCAACGCCGCAUUGUUAUACGCAAAAACACUUCAAAGGAAAGUCAUUGA